CCGCCAACGCGGAUAUGACGUCGUUGUGUUUACGUUUACUCCGCUCAGUUGAGUUGCAAGGGACCGUGAGCUAGCUAAAGAAAGCGGAUAUAAUAUAAUUUAUUUUUUUCACAUAUAUUGCCCGCACAGUGUGGGUCGUAACGUUAGUUGUCGUGUUUCAAUGGGCGGUCACGGCGUUUUGGGGAACGAGCCCGAAUCUAUCGACUACUCGGUGCACGAAGCCUGGAACGAGGCCACCAAUGUCUACCUGCUGGUUAUCCUGGUCAGCUUCGCCCUGCUGAUGUACGCCAGAAAAAACAAGAGGAAGAUCAUGCGGAUCUUCACGCUGCCUCCCACCGUCGGCAGCAGCCCGGAGCCCAACUUCUACGACAGCCUGCAGAAGGUGCGCCUGCGGCAGCAGCUGGAGAUGUACUCCCUGGCCAGGAAGUUUGAGCAGCAGCAGGGCCAGACAGACAGCGUGCAGCUCUCCAUGGAAUGAGAGAACUGUCUUCCCUUCCUGUCGGAGCGAACGCGCCUGCGUCUCCGAGCCCUUUGCGAGCGGACAGGAAAGGAUUGGGACGGCUGUCAUGGUCACAGAAAAAAAACAUUCAGAAGACGCUCCUCCCAUCCUAAUUGUUUCUGUUUGGCUCCUCGAAUGAGAAGCAUCUUCAUUCACCUUUUUUUGUGAAUAACAUACUAAUAAUGACCUUCGGUCUUCUUUUCCAUUGAUUCCGCGAGCAGUAGGUAAACCUGGAACUGCAGCAGAUGUCACGGAGAUACUUUAAAGUAUGGCGUGAGAUUAAAAGAAAAAUCCACCAUGAAGAUUUCUUUUGCGCACAGAACAAGAGCCUUCAGAUUUAACUUUUUAUUUUUUAUUUUACUUGUUUGUUAAAUUUUUUUUGUCAGCUUGGUAAUAAAAUCCACAUUUUCAAAUGUGAAAAUAAAAGCACAUAAAUAAAGCAGCAGAGUCAGCAAAUA